GUCCGAUAGAUAAAUCUUGGAGGAUGACAGAAACAAACAUAUGUGUUGUGUCUUAAACCCUCUUUCUCAGAUAUAUCAAUAGCUUUCAACUUCAUGCUUUCAUUCAGUGUUGUGCUUUUGAUACUUGAUAAUGCUUUCAUCUUCAAUUGUUCAUAAUACUCUCAGUCUCAACCGAGUUUAGAUUCUCUGUAGGGAUGAAUCUUCUCUCUCUAACUUCCACUUCUCUCUUCUUCCUUCCUGUUCCUGCUUAUUUUUCAUCAUCCCUUCUUGUCACAAGACCUUCUGCAUACCCUUCUUCUUCUUCUUCUUCUUCUUCUUCUUCUUCUUCUUCUUCUUCUUCUUCUUCAUACAAAAGCACUUCCGGCGCAGUUUUAAGAUGUGUCAGUGAGGGAAAAGAAGAGGUGCUUCUUGAAGGAAUGCCUGCUCACUAUUAUGAUGAUGAAUGGCAAGCCCGACAACGUGAAAAGACCAAGGAGUUACAUCGAAGACGCAGAGAGGAAGAAGAGGAAGAAGAGAGAAAGAUUGAAGAGUAUCGUGAAGUUGGCAUGCGUCUAAAGGGAUACCCUGAAGAAGAUGUUAGAAAAGCACGGAAAUUGAUUUCAAGCUUUAUAAGAGCCGGUGAAGAAGUAGAAGAGAAAAUUGAGGAAGCUGCUGAGAAGGGAGAACUUACUGAACUUGUUUUGAUGGUGAUAUGGAAUCGCCUUGAUCUUGCCCGACGUGAUGAUGAAAAGGAUGCUAUAAGAAGUCUGGAUUUGUUAUACAGAAGGGUUGAGGCUGAAAUAUUGAAACGGGAGGCUACCCCUGCAAUGAGAUUGCUGAAUGAUCUUUUGAUUAUGUAUGAUGGCUUUGCUUUUCACGAGUGGCUAAAGAAAUGUAAAAAAAUCAUGACUGAUACAUUUCCACGGGAGGAUCCAUAUAGCAUUCUUGUUCCACCUGGAUUUGAGUCUUUUGACAUAGAUAAGCAUCACGGGCCAUUGCGACCACAACUUGAAAUUGAUGAUAAUACUCUUUUGAGGGUGGACUUUAUAAGGGAGGUGGAUGAAUUGCUGCAAGAGGUUCGUUUGGAAAUGGAUGAAGAAGAGAAUGAACAAGGGUUUGAUCCUGAAUCAGUUGCAAAUAGAUUAAAACAACAGGAGAAGAAGCAAACAAUAAGCCAAGUAGAAGCUCUGCUAGAAUUAGCAAUAGGUUUAAAAUGGUAGUUAUUUGGUCCAAACUACUAUUUUUAUUUACAUAUAUCGGUUCAUUUGUCCUACAAUUUAUAGUUUUGAAUUGAAAUUAGUAUGCAAUGCAUUUGCAGUCCAAAGUAGCUUCAUGGUUUUGUAUCUAUUUCUCUUGUAAGGAUGUAAAAAAUUAGUACCAUCAGAAAGGACAUACAAAUGUAGGCAUGACACUUUUGGGUUAUCAUUUGUUUUAAAGGUACAAGAAUAUUAGAAUUUGAGUUUUUGAAUUUUCAUUUUAUGCAUC